AUAUUUCGCAUGCUUCUUCUUUGGAGUUUGAGGUAAUUAACUCGGCUGACUGAUCCUUGUACGAUUGAUUAACUGAUUGAUUAUUUGAUUAUCAAUCAGUACAAGCUCCAAGAGAAAUCCAAUCGUAUACCGGUUAGGUCCAUUAAUUGCGAAUCAAUUACCUAUUCUGGUGGAUUCAGUCCCCAGAUAGUCAAUUCCGAGCCGAACCUACGGCAUCAGAAGUGGACUGCCCUAAAAUCUACCGACGACUUGCUUCUCGUGGAUCAUGACUUUAUUUUCCACUCAACCUCACCCUACAGGCCAACCUCACAAUCCUUCUUCCUCAACAACAGCCGCCACACCGUCUUGGCUUCCGCGUCCACCAGCAAAGCAGAGAAUGGCUCUCUCAUUUAAAAACCUCGUCAGCUCCGUGCUGGGCUCUGGAGCUGCCAAGGACGACAAGCCGCCAUCAGCUUCGGAACUGUUCGUAAAGACGGACCCAAAAGUGGACGGCGAGGAGUGCUUGCACGAUUGCGAUAACUGCUCAGCCCGGUAUCCCAGAGGAUUUAAGAUUGAGGAAGAGGAUGUACUGUACGGCCUCGUUGCGGCUUGGAGCACGCAUGUCCUUGUUGGGACGGGCAAGACGGAUUGGGUGAGGGAUGUAGAAGAGGAGGAGGGCAGUGUCAUGCAAGCUUUUUCCAAAGCAGUCGAGCCUUCAAAUGGAAAACUCAAGCUAUCGGCCUCUAACAUGCCCACUCCUCAUGACACAGAUGACUAUUCUGAACCUACAACACUUCUACUCUUACCAGCCUUUAAACUUCUCCGCAAUGUUCAUCCUCUCAGCGUGCCUCAAAUAAUUACAGAGGUUAUCAACCAAGCACCCACCAACACUUCUCCUCUCACGCCGACACCUCUUCCCGCUUCUCUGCCAUCUCCGGAUCCAGCUGCUGGCAUUCCCGAUGUAUCUUUAGCCAACUGCCCUCACAAUGCUGUUAUCCUCAUGUGCAGUCAUCGAACACGUGAUGUCCGCUGUGCACAGAGUGCGCCUGUUCUGAGAAAAGAGUUUGAGCGUCAGCUGAGACCGCUGGGCCUGUAUCGGGAUCUACACGAUGAGAGACCUGGCGGAGUCGGUAUCUACUACAUCAGCCAUGUAGGAGGACACAAGUACUCUGCCAAUGUGAUGAUCUACCGACGGCCCAAUGCGUUUGGCCUGGAUGAUACGACUGAGCAGCAAAAUGGCACGAGCAAUGGCGAGAAGAACGGCGACAGUGUCAACGAUUCAGGAGAGGGUAGCGUGGGUGCAGCGCAGGGCAUCUGGCUUGCUCGUGUGAUGCCCGAAGACUGCGAGAACCUGAUUCGAUAUACUGUUCUCAGAGGCAAGGUCGUCAAGCCUGAGCGUCAGUUACGAGGCGGUUUCGACCGUGGCAGGGGAGUCAUGAGUUGGUGAGAAGCAAGAGUGUGACAAGGAGCAGUGUUCUGGAUAGAGGUUGAUACCCACGGUCCUACAUGAUGGCUCUGAUGGGGAGACUCAAGUGCUGAUGGUUCGGUGUAAAGGUUGGGCCGUUUAGAUGAGGGAAUAGAAUAAAGAUAGAGUUUACGAUCUACAAUGCUUGGUACCUGGACCGAGUGAUUAGGAGAUGAUGGAUGGACACUGCGUAUACUAUAUGGAGCAAUUCGUUCCGUGUUUCGUCCAAGAUGCAACGUCGUUCAAUUCUU